AUGGCUCCCAGAAAUCACGAAUUCCUUGUAGAGGCUGAGUCGUUUGAUGAAUUCGGCGGCUGGGUUUUAGAUUCUCAAUUCGAGCUAGAGAUGGGAUCACCGUAUCUUCUGGCUCACGGAAAUGGAAAGCCAGUAGCAGAUGCAACAACCACAGUCAACGUUUCCGAAUCGGGAAAUUACAAUAUAUGGGUUCGUGCCAAGGAUUGGGUUCCCGAUCAUCACCCGGGUCGAUUCAACCUGAUUAUCAAUGGACAUGUCCUUGAUACAGUCUUUGGCGAAAAUGAUAAAGAUUGGAAUUGGCAAUUCGGAGGACGGGUAGAGCUUUUCUCGGGCUCAGUCAAGCUUGCGCUGCAUGACUUGACCGGAUUCUGCGGCCGCUGCGACGCUCUGUUCUUCAGUACUGGCGAUACUCCUCCUCCCGAGGCGGCCGACGAGACACACCGCUCAUGGCGAAGGCGUCUACGAGGACUUCCAAAUGAACCAGUCGAUGUAGGAACUUUUGAUGUUAUUGUAGUGGGUGGCGGAGUGCCUGGUAUCACUGCUGCUCUAACAUCGGCACGGUUAGGAGAGCGCGUGGCCCUGGUUCAUGAUCGUCCGUUUUUGGGCGGCAACGCGAGCCCAGAGAUUGGGCUACGUCCGCGAGGAAAGGUUGGGCGAAUUGUCGACGAAAUCUAUGAGCGUCAUGCGAAUGGUGAUUUAAUUGCGAUUCAGCUACUCCAGGCCGAGUCUAGAGCAAGUGUCUUCCUGGAGCAUACCGUAUACUCGGCUGCAACCGUCGAAGGGAAGAUUACCUCUGUUGAUGCCCGUGAUGCGAAGAGUGGACGUGAAAUCCGUCUCUCGGCACCCAAUUUCAUCGACUGCUCAGGAAAAGCCAUCCUGGGAGUUUUCGCAGGAGCGGAGACCUUGUUUGGCCGCGAAUCUAGGAACGAAUAUGGCGAAAGUCUGGCACCUUUACAAGGUGACAAGGCACAUCAUGGUAAUACUGUAUUUUUCCGUACCAAAAUGGAAGGAUCGCCUGUUCAUUUCCCAGCUGUUCCAUGGGCCACAGACGUAUCAAAAGAAUUCGCCAACCUUUCAGGUCAGCUCGUCAAGUAUGGAGAGGAGAACGGCCCUGGUCCUCGCAUUGGGAACGGUGUUCUUGACCCAACAACGCGCCCACGCAUGAAGAAAUCUAUGACACAUUACUGGGAGUUUGGGCAAUUUUUGGAUCCGUACUCCUCAGGGGAGCAUAUAAGGGAUCAUCUCCUGCGAGCCAUUUACGGGACAUUCUCUAACGUUAAGAGGUUGGAGCCCGAAACAUAUGCCAACCUUGCGCUAGAUUGGGUCGCUUUUGUGCCUGCACAGGGAGAGUUUAGACGAUACAAGGGUGACUAUAUCCUGACGGAAAACGAUAUUCGGAAUCAUACCGCGUUCCCAGAUGCCGUUGUGCAAAACGAAGGGGCAUUCUGUCUCCAUAUCCCCGGUAAUAAAGACUACGAUUUCCGUCUCAAAGAUUGGGAAUGGGACGAGCGAGAUGGGAAGCCCUAUGACAUUCCGUUCCGCUGUCUCUACUCUACAAAUAUCAGCAACCUAAUGAUGGCGGGGAAGCAUAUCAGCACGACUCACGUUGCUUCAUCAAACACAAAGUUUAUGGGUAACGGAGGUCAACAUGCCACUGCUGUUGCAGCAGCAGCUCACUUAUGCAGAAAAUACAACAUGACACCUCGAAGUAUCUGCAAGAAGCACAUACAUGAGAUGAGAGAUCUAGUUAACAGAAUCUCGGAGGAUGGUGUUACUGUACGAUCUAGUCACUUAUAA